AUGACGUCGAACGAGCUAUUUCAAAUUCCCAUCCCGGCAAUUAAGUCGCAUCAGGGAGGCAGCAUCGUCUGUACAUCUCCAAAGCCUCAAGUCUAUGUUCUCACAUGGACCUCCCCUCCAGACAACAGGUUUACACCCGCCUUCAAUACGGCGCUGAUGACGGCGCUCGAUACUAUUGAAUUCGGUCAUCCACCAGGUGUUGUCAUAACCACUUCAUCUAUUUCAAAGUUCUACUCCAAUGGCCUCGAUUUCCAGCUUGCUACAUCGUUACCUGGAUUCUGGGAGAACAGCCUGUACCCGUUAUUUCGAAGGUUCUUAACUUAUCCCAUGCCCACGAUCGCCUUGAUCAACGGCCACGCCUUCGCCGGUGGGUUCAUGCUAUCUAUGCACCACGACUACCGAAUCUUCACAGGCUCAAAGGGCUACCUGUGCAUCAACGAACUCGAAUUCGGCGCGCCGUUACUACCACCCAUGAGCUCCAUUUUCAGGAUUAAAACUACUCCCAAUGUAUAUCGCAACAUGGUUCUCGAGGCGCGACGCUUUGACGCCAAGGCUGCGCUAGAAGCCGGCCUGGUAGACGCCAUUGGCGAGAUGGACGCAGCUCUGAGCUUAAUUCAGGAACGAUCGCUGAUCAAGAAAGGAGCCACCGGCGUCUACGGGCUGUUGAAAGCUGAGAUGUAUCGCGAGAGUGUAGCACUGUUAACUGCCACAGGCAAAGAGGCGGCCAAAACUAUGGACAUACAAGAAGCUGAGAAGAAAAGGAAAGAAGAGGGCGCAAAACGAUUUAAGGAAGCACAAGGUAAUAAGGCAAAAUUAUAA